GUCUUCUCCGCAGAGCACAAGUGCAUAAAAAAUGGGUACGAGAAAGGUAAUACCAGCUGCUUUCAGCAAAGCAUUUUCAUCAUCAUCCUCUGCUUCCUCUGCUGUUGUGGGUAAGCUCUCUCAUUCCAGUUCCAAAUCUUUUGUUCCAAACCCGCAUUCCCUGCAUCAUUUUCUCACCAAACAAUGCAAGUCAGGUGCCAUCACUCUAGAUCAAGCCCUGCAUUUCUUUGAUUACAUGAGCCGCAUGCUACCCCCUCCUCCUGUCUCAUCAUUCAACCAUUUGUUAGGUGCCCUUGCUAAGAUUCAACGCCAUGAUCAUGUGAUUUCGUUUUACCAAAGAUUGAACUCAGUUGGGGUAUUUCCUGAUAUUAGAACUUUGAAUAUCUUGCUUAAUUGUUGUUGCAAAAUGGGUCUAGCUUCUGAUGGUUUUUUGGUUUUGGGGAAGAUUUUGAGGAGCGGUUAUACCCCAACUUCUGCCACUUUCAGCACUUUGAUAAAGGGGUUGUGUGUGGACAACAAGAUUGGGGAAGCAACUAGGGUGUUUAAGAACAUGUCUGUCUUUGGCUGUCAACCUGAUGUGGUUACUUAUGGUAGCAUUAUUGAUGGCCUUUGCAAGCAUGGGAUGGUUAAAAAGGCAAAACAACUUUUCUCCCAAAUGAAGGGUAGAGGAAUUUCUCCUGGUGUCGUUGUUUAUACCUCUCUACUUCACGGUUUCUGUUUCGGGGGUAAUUUGGAGGAGGCUAAAGGCUUAUUCAUUGAGAUGGUGGAUGGAAGAGUGCAACCUAAUGUGGUGACAUUCACUGUUUUGAUUGAUGGACUUUGCAAGCAACAAAAAUUGCAAGAAGCGAAUGAAUUAUUAGACUUGAUGAUCCAAAGAGGUCAGUGUCCUAACACAGUUACUUAUACCACAUUGAUUGAUGCACCUUGUAAACAAGGUAGAGUUGAAGAAGCAUAUGGAUUGCUAGACUUGAUGUUUCAGAGAGGUCACCAGCCUGGCACAGUUACUUAUAACACACUGAUCGAUGUACUCUGUAAACAAGGGAGGAUGGAAGAAGUAAAUAGAGUAAUAGGCUUGAUGAUUCAAAGAGGUAAGCAUCCUGAUACGGUAACUUAUACCACACUGAUAGAUGCACUUUGCAAGGAUGUGAGGUUGGAUAAAGCAAAUAAAUUACUACACUUGAUGAUACAGAGAAAUGAGCAUCCUAAUACAGUGACGUAUAACACAUUGAUUAAUGCACUUUGUAAACAAAGAAGACUAGAAGAAGCAGAUAGAUUGCUACAGUGGAUGAUUCAAAAAUGUCAGCAUCCUGAUAUUGUAACUUAUAACACAAUGAUUGAUGCACUUUGCAAAGAAGGGAGAAUGGAGGAAGCAACUAGAUUAUUAGAUUUGAUGAUUGAGAGAGGUCAGCACCCCAAUACAAUCACUUAUACUACCUUGGUGAAUGCACUUUGCAAAGCAAUGAGGAUGGAAGAAGCAAAUGCACUUUUUGAGUUGAUGAUUCAGAAAGGACAACAUCCUGACACAGUUACUUAUACUGUCAUGAUCAAUGGGCUGUGUAAAAUUGGACUAUUUGACAGGGCAAGUGAUUUAUUAAGGGAAAUGGAGGAGAAGGGUUGUGCUCCAAAUGUGGUGACAUUUAAUACAUUUAUUUAUUGUUUCUCCCAAAAGAAUGAGACUGCCAAAGUUGUUGAAUUUCUUUUGAAAAUGAAACAGAAAAAUUUGUCCCCUGAUACAACUACUAUUCGCAUUGUCUCAGAAUUACUCUCAAACUUGAAGGAUGAAACACAUCAAGAGCUUCUUGAUAAGCUUCCUGCAUUUUCUUUGAAAGAGCUGCCAAGUAGAUGACUGUCAAAGUUGGGUCACUAAAUUCAGUUUUGGUUGUUUUAAAGCAUUCAUGAAAAUUUAUUACAAAUUCAAGGGACAGAGAUAAGAUUUUCGUGAUACUUUUUCUUAACAUCUAGGCCAUGCUGCCCUCUUCUUUCUCCAUGACAUCAAUGGAAUGUAGAUGAUUUUUGGGUGCUUGAACAUUCAUCAGAUUCAUUUCAAAUUUUAAGGAGAGAUUACUUUUAUCUGCUGGAGUUUUGUUGUAGUCCCAGUCAAUCAAGUGUAGAAAUCAUGACAAUCAGAGGUUGAACCGUGGAAGAAUGUCAAGAUGUAUGCUUUACGAGCUUGGAGGGCCAUCAAAGCAAUGAUGAUGGAGAAGAAAAUAUUAUGAGUGUUGCCAUUGAAGCCAAUUUCUACUCAAUUCUUUCAAUGAAUGCAUUUUGGGAUCUGCAUGCAAAUAUACUGGAAGAGCAAAUAAUACUUAAAUUAGGUCUUGUGAGUGGCAGUUUCUUGUUGCUUGAGCUUUAUGUAUCAUAGGUCAUACAUUUUGCUGAGUCAGGCUUGAAUGUCGAGUAUCUGAAUUGCAAAUCAUUGCAAUCCUUUUGGAAGUCUUCCACAAGUCCCAGUUCAAUUCAAAUGUGGUUGGCGACACAUCCAUGGAGAAUGGAGUUGCCAUGCUGCUGCAGCUAGGGGACUUGCACUAGCAUGCAGUCAAGGUCAAGCAAUGUUAAUACUUACUGUGAGUGAAAUCUUUUUGUGAAGUCACCCAAUUUCAAGCCUUA